CAUUACGGACGGGACGACACGCAAUCCACGAGUAUCAUACAGCUUCUUUGUAUCAACCUGAAUAAGUCCAUAAAUCCAGAGAUAGAGAGAUGACUGAACAAACGUCCGGCGCCUCGCAACCUCCGGCGUUGAGUGAUUUGAGUUCAGAAACGCUUCUGAGCCUGGGCGAUUCGCACUUCGUUGACGAGAACUACGAAGAAGCCGCGGACGCAUAUGCCGCGGCMCUAUCGCUUUUUCGUGAAACCGAAGUUUCUUCGCAAGUCCGGGCCCUUUCUCAUCGAUCAUCGGCAUUUUUCAAGCUCGGCCGCUACGAAGAUGCCCUGGAGGACUCACAAAAAGCAYUGGAGCUGUUGUCRAACAACAAACCGUCGGGGCUGCGAAUGGGGGAGGGAGAGAUUUGUCACCGCCGAGCAGGCCUAGCAGCCCUAGAGUUGAAGCAGUACCAAGAGGCAAAAGAAGCCUUGCAAGCGGCCGCGAAACUUGCGUCAUUGAACCAAAAGAAAACCAACAAAGAACUAUACGAAGACCUGCUCCAAAGAUGUGAUGCGGGAUUGUCUGCUUCCAAGAAGAAAACGGCGACUUCCGCAGCUCCGUUGCCAGACUUUCCAAAGAACGAAGACGWUMCAGAAGCAACUUCAAUGCCAUCACGGGUGAGUUCUCCGUCGAAAGCCAAAACCACUACCCGCCCAGCUUUGGCGGGAGUCAAAGGCAAGACACCAAAAUACCAGUACUACCAGUCAGAUAAGGUCAUGACUAUUUCUGUCCUCGAGGCUGGUGUAAAAGAACAAGAUUUGACCGUUCGAUUCCAACCCAAGCAUUUGGUGGUGAUCCUCCGAAAGGACAAUACCGAUUUCACCGUCAUUGCGGGAAAUUUGUAUUCGGAAAUUGAUGUGGAGAAGUCCAAGGCUGUUUUCAAGGAUGAAAAGGUCCUCGUAAAGCUUCGAAAAGUGGAACACUAUGAAUGGCCCGAGUUGCUUGGAAAAGGAGACGACAACAACAGUAGCAAGGCAACAAAAAAGAAGGCGUCGGAAGAAGACUCGAGCAGUGAUACCGCAACCAAUCCGAAAAUGAUCCCAAGCGUUCCCCAAGAUUCGAAGAAAAAUCGUCCGUACGCAAGUCACCGCGACUGGGACGCGAUCGAGAAGGCUAUCGAGGAAGACGAAAAGAACGAGAAACCCGAGGGCGACGAAGCUAUGAACAAAUUGUUCAAACAAAUAUAUGGGAAUGCCGAUGAAGACACGCGUCGUGCGAUGGUCAAAUCUUUCCAGACUUCGGGUGGAACAGUACUGUCAACUAAUUGGRAUGAGGUAAAGGACAAAGAUUACGAAAAGGAACGUACAGGUAAGACAAUUUAUCCAGCUUGAUUCGACAAUAACACAGCAGCCCGUGUGCUAAAAUUACUCACAAUAUGAAUGUUUCAAACGAUAUCUCGCACUGUACUACUUACGAAGCUCCGAAGGGUGUCGAAUGGAAAACUUGGGAUGGAGAAAAGGUUCCAAUGAAGGAAGAUGAUUGAAUGAUUGGGCAAAGAUAGAAUUGCCAUGAGUGAACGAGAUAUUGAUAAUACGAACUACCGUGCUGAAUAGCGCCAAGAAAAAUGAAUWAAUCUCUAUUGUAAUUAAAAGAUUUUUUCAUGC